AUGGCGGCAGCAUGGCUGUACCCAGGGCCACGUGUCCUUCUGCUCCUCGUCGGCGCUGCAAGCGCCGCAGGGCAUGAAGAGGCCGGCACUGCCGCUGAACCCAUCCAGCUCUACGUGGACGGCCUGCCGAAAAAGACUUCCAGCGACCCAUCCUGCAAAGCUCACCCAGGAUGCGAACAUCUAGCAGGAAACUGCUGUCCUACCUGGGACGGGUUGAACCUGGGCUGCUGCUUCAGUUGGCACUCCCCAUUGCCAACUCCUCCAAACUACGUCGAUGUGGCAGACUCUUCUGUUCCCGGCCCGGGUGGGCCUUACAGGCAGGCCAUCAUGCGCGACCCGUUCUCCGGUGUGCUGGAAGCAGAGACCAUGCAGCCCAUCUACUUGCUACCGGUGACCAACGGCCUGAAGCAGAUUGUGGUCUUCUUCGUCUUCGGCUUUGACCUGAAAUUCAAGCCGAACUCGGGGACAUGGAAGAAGAAGUUGAUAAAGUGGCUGGCAAGCAGUCUGUUUCGAGUGAUUUUCAUUGGGCUUGCGGCCAACGCCUUCCGCCUUGAUGUGCAGAAGUUCUUGACGAGGAACAAAGCGGAGAGCUCGCGAUACAACGAGGUCAUGAUCGCCAUGGCGGUCUGGUGCAUUUCCCCAAACUUCACCAUGGGCUUGGGCAUUUGGAAUCAACUCCGGCUGCAGAGCCCGGGUGCUGUCUUCCGGGAUGACAUCGCAGAGUCUCGGUACUAUCAACUUUGGACGCCUCACAUCUACAGAGACGUGCGCUUUCCAUUUUGCCCUGGAGGGGCCCGUUGGCUGACUAUCGCGAAGCAGGUCUACGCACUUGUGCUGCUGCCGUACGUGAUACCCGUAAUGUUCCUGGAGGUGCUGAUGUCCGUCCUCUUCUGCUACUGGAUUGUCUUCAAGUCGAGGCUGUUUUGCCUCGUCAAGUGCAUCCAGGUGCACAUGAUCACUUUGGGUUGUUGUCUGAUCUGGCUGCUGACCGCUGGCCACUAUGGUGCCGAAAAGAUCCACAAAUACUGGACCACCCUUUGGCCCUUUGUGUACAUGUACUUGGUCUACAUCUUCGCCUCUUUUGUGGUGCCAGUCCUGAUGGCCGCUUUCUAUGGCAUCCUAAUCGGCUCACACUGGUUCCAGAUUUGGAAGGGCAUCGGCUUGUUUCAGGAGUCGAAGCGCAAAACCUAUGGUCUCCUCCACAAGGGGGCGCGCAGAGCCCUGAACAUCGCGCCUGAGUCGGGCAGUGAGACGUCGGAUGGCGAGGAGGCGCCGAGUUAUAUUGAGGAGUGGUAUUACUUCAUCAUGCCGCAUCGGGAGCUUCAGUUGGAGCUGGAUGAUCGUACAUUGCUUAUCCGCUUGGACGAGAACCGCUUGAGCAAAGAUUUCAAGUUCAACGUCCGAGAAGACCACACUUUGGGGGUCCGAGGCGUGAAGAUCGUGGAGGCGCUGCUCCUCCGACUAAGGGAGCAGAUGGAAAGCGACAGUGAAGAUGAUGCCGGGCUAAACCGAGGAUGCUUCGAUGUUCUGGUGGGUGAGGAGACCUGUCAGGAUGGAGACAUCAACAUUCAAAACGACCCGACUUUGAAACACGACCUUCAAGACAAGAAGGACAGAAAGGAAAGCCUGCACGACUCUGAGGUUCAGAUUGUGAUGUUGACCAUUAAGUCACUGGCGGAGGCGGCCAUUGUGCAGGCCGUCACCAUCUUCCUGGUGCGAACGCUGACCGGAGAGACCUUCUCGGACUUCGUGAAUGCAAUGAAUAUUACCAUCCAGGAGAGGCAUAUUCUGGAUUGGAUUCAUCACUUGGCAAAGUUGGGUGAGGAGAAACUUGGAAAGGCCCUUCACACAGUCCGGCAGCUGGCCGCCGAGGCCCAGAAGACCCUCGCACGGCGCGCCCGCGACAGCGGGAGGGAGGGGAGCCAGGAGGGGCGGCAGCAGCGGUCUGCCGCAGCCUACUUUUGCGCCCGCACCUACCUCGACAUGUUCAGCGACGAGGAGAAAGGGGAGAAGUGGCUGAAGCGAACCAUAAGCUUGGAGGCAGACUUCCUGUAUGCGCGGGUGGCUUUGAUCCAGCUGCUCUUCCGCCAGCAGCGCCAUCUCGAAGCGUAUAACGAGGCGGUGGCGAGCGAGUCCCUGGAUCCUCCGAAGUUGCGACUCUUCAUG